AUGGCCCCUCAACUCAGCAAGGAUACCAACGGCAGCGAUCUCGUCACCGCAUACGCAGACCAUAUCAAGGGCAAGACGAUUCUCGUGACAGGUGUUUCGCCUGGAGGACUAGGCGCCACCUUCGCAGAAACAGUCGCCGCCGCCUCACCGGCAACACUGAUCCUCGCCGGCCGCAACACCACCAAAGUCCAGCAGACAGCAGACGCCAUCACCGCAGCAAACCCAUCUGUCCGCAUCAAGACUCUGGAGCUCGACCUCGGUUUCUUGAAGAAUGUCCGCAAAGCAGCCGAGACAGUCAAUGCAUGGGAAGAUGUUCCGCACAUCGAUGUGUUGGUGAACAAUGCGGGCAUCAUGGCCGUGCCGUUCUCGUUGACAGGGGAUGGGUUUGAGAGCCACUUUGGCACGAACCACCUGGGCCCGUUCCUGUUUACGAAUUUGAUCAUGGGAAAGGUGCUGGCUGCUGCGGAGCCGAGAGUUGUGACGGUCAGCAGUGAUGGGCACCGGCUGGGUCAUAUUCGAUGGUCGGAUUACAACUUCAACUGGCACGCUUAUGGACAGUCCAAGACGGCCAACUGCCUCAUGGCCAUAUCACUUGCCGAAAAGUUGGGUAGCAAGGGCCUCUUGAGCUUCAGUCUCCAUCCUGGUGUCAUUUUCACCAACCUCGGGACUCAUCUAGAGAAUUUUGAUUCAUUGAGAGAACAAGAUGUCAACGUUGGAAGCAAGCUCAUGUGGGCCGAGUUCAAACCCAAGACGCCGGAUCAAGGAGUCGCGACGCACAUCUACACGGCUUUCAGCCCCGACCUCAAAGGGUUGAACGGCAAGUACUUUAAUGACUGCCGCCUCGCCGACCAGUACAACGAGGAGGUGCAUCCUUGGGCGACGGACAAGAUCGACGCAGACAGGCUGUGGAAAUUGAGCGAGAAGCUAGUUGGUGAAGAGUUCAAGUAUGAGUAG